CUCUGUGGCGGUUGGCCCAUGUUCCCAUCUUCGUUAUGAUCAUCAUUGACAUCAUUAUUGUCUCCAUUCCAUUCACGGGGAUCGGGUUUUUCCGGACGGUCUACGCUGCUAAUGAGUACAACGUGCCUAUGGCAGAGGCAGCCAUGUUGUCAGGAUACGUACAAGCUGUCGGGAACAUCGCUGGCACUCUCCUCAGCGCUUGGAUCUCCACGCGCGUCCGCACAAAGGCCGGGUAUAUCUGGAUCAUCUUUGCGACCUACGCGGUGGUCACGUGUGUGGUGCCAGCCUACCUGUACCUUGACUGUCCCAACUACCCCGUUUACGGCCACGAAGGAGAACUCGGUCUCCCCGCCAAUAUGACAGACAUGUGUGGCUGUGAAACGGAGAAACAACUCUUGUCCUGUGGAUCAGACGGGCUGCACUAUUACUCCCCAUGCCACGCCGGGUGUACAAGCCUGGACGGGAAGACUUUUAUGGAGUGUACCGGCCUGGCCACCGGGAAUGGAACCGUGACCCCUGGCCUGUGUGAUACCACCUGCCAUGACAACUUCGUCAUCUACACCGUGCUGAACGGCGUCCAGGGACUGGUGUUUACCAUGGCUAUGGUGCCACGGAGACUGCUCCUCUUCAGAGUGGUAUCCGCACAAGACAGGGGCUUUGCCGGAAGUAUGCUCUUCUUUUUCUUCGACUUCCGUAAGUAG